AUGAUGAUAGAUUCGGACUCUGCGACCGAAAAGAGUUCUGUAAUAAAAAUGUUGCCCGCAAAAGAUCAUCUGGAAGAUGGUGAAUAUGCCAGAGGAUGUUGGAAAAGGUAAAGAUCUUGGAACAUCAGAAUGUGACUCUUUUCUUAAAUGAUUUUUCAUUGAUUGAUUUUUUCCUCCAUCUUGUUACCUGUUUUCUGAUUGAUCGAUACUUGAAUUUUUAUCUCUAUUCAGAGUUCCUCCAUCUUACAGUGUAACAUGUAAUCGGAGUUAAUGAGCCUUGCAGUGAGUCUUUGCGUGUUGUUAUCUAUUACACACAGAAAUUGGUGUUAGUUUUAUUAUAGGAAAGUACAUGCAGCAUUGCUGCAAAUUGUUUCCGUUUUACCAGAAAAAAUCUUCCUUUUUGUUAAUCUCAUGUUAUAUUUUGAAGUAUAAAUGGCACACUCUGUUGCUAAAAAUUUGAUUAUUACUGCAAUAUUGUGUCUAGCUUCUGAUGAACAUUAUCAAUUAUUUUAUCAAUAUAUCAAUCAGUUGUUUUGAUGAAGCAUAAAAGCGUUUUAUAUUUCCUCUGUAUUGGUGCCAUGAACGUUGUGAUAUAAAAUUGCCCCUUUCAUUUGGCUCCUGUUGAACUCGAAGCAUGAAUCUCUGAUGGAGUAUUAGUCAUACGGUCUGGUCUAUUAUCAUCAUGAUGUUGCUGCUAGAAAAUCUACCUCUCAAAUUCACGUUCUGGCUUUGGGAUCUAUCAAUAAUGAGGUCGACUUUGAAUACUAGCAAUUUAGGGAACGAAACAUACAUGGGCUUCUGUGGAAAUUUUAAAGAGGAAAUAUAGAAAAUAAUAAAAUAUUUUUCUAGUGUGACUGACAAAGUGUGCUAGGAGUGUUAGUGUCACGUUCUGCCCGAUCAGAUUAGGUAUGCUUUUUAGGUGAACCUGGUCUGCUCCACGUUCUGAUUGGACCAGUUAGCAGUCAAGAAUCGUCUGACUUAUAUCAUUUGGUAUUAAUGAUGAAUGCGGGGACUGUUUCUGAUUCUAAUUUGUGCCCAUCUUGCGAGGUUUUUUUGAAGCUCAUGCAAUGGAGGAUGACGUUGCAAGUUUUAGAUCAUGCGAUUUUUUAUUUCUGAUUAUAAAGCACUCUUUGUUCGUCAAAGAUAUUCCAUCAUUGACCUUCAGGUUCACAGAUUGGUGAUAAUUAUGUAAACAUUAUUGGUUCCAAGGUCCAAUAUUGAUUACUAAACCUUAUGGGAUCAUCUUUCCCUUAUGGUGCACUUUUACUUCAGAAACUUCUGACCAGACUAUUAUUCUGACAUUUAUUUCUAUUGGAAGUCUUUCAUUAUGAUUGAUAUUUUUGACAUUGGCAGUGAUGAUGGUAAACUGAGUUGUGGAUAUUCAAGCUUUCGGGGAAAGAGAGCUAGCAUGGAAGACUUCUUUGAUAUAAAGAUGCAUGAGGUUGAUGGACAAGCGGUUUCUCUGUUUGGAGUCUUUGAUGGUCUGUUUUUCUUGUCUACAUCAGUCUGUGUUUUAUUUUUGUAAUAAAUCAAGUCCCUUCUUUAUAAACAACUUUUUACCGUAGGGCAUGGUGGUGCUUAUGCUGCUGAAUAUUUAAAGGAACACUUGUUCGAGAAUCUAGUCAAGCAUCCACAGUUUAUUACGGACACAAAGCUGGCUAUAAGUAUAAAUUAAAUUCUUUGCUUUUGUAUUCGAUCUGUUUGACUAGUUUUUAUCUUGCGCUAUAAUUCAGUGGCAGGUUAAUCCUCUCUCUUAUUAUUAAAGUCCUAAAUCAUUUCGUUUCUUAAUUGAAAAUUGCAGGUGAAACAUAUCAAAAGACUGAUUCUAACUUCUUGGACUCGGAAAGAAAUACUCUCAGAGACGAUGGUUCCACAGCUUCAACUGCAGUUUUAGUUGGCAAUCAUUUGUAUGUAGCAAAUGUUGGAGAUUCACGUGCUGUGAUAUCGAAAGCAGGCAAAGGUACUUUCUCCCCCUUUCUCCCCCUCCUCCCCCUCUCCCUGUGUAAAUAUUUUCAUAUUUUACUUCUGUUAUAUGUAUUUAUUGUGCGAACGUAUUAUAUCUUCUCUAUUGAAGCAAAUUGGAUUUCUGGUUUUGGAAUGUGUCUGCCUCGAGAGAAAAUUGUAUUUUUUCCCCCUGAAAGCUACUUCGAAGAGAGUGUGUAUACUAAACCAAUAAAAGUUUUUUUUGUCACGGUGGAUGAUGCUUCACGUAGAGAUACAAUGAAGAUCACAACUAUUACACUGGAUAUGGCGAUGUCCUUGUCUGUUUUCAUCACGUGAGAUAAAUAAAUUAAUUGGAACGUACUGAUUGAAUUCUGGUCUAGAACGAAAACCUCUAUUCAGUUUGAACUCAGUUGUGGGAGAAAACAGGCAGGUACCUUGCUCUGAUUUGCCUUCCCUUACAUUUGUUGAUAAUUUGAUGAAAGUUGUUUCUAUUUGAAAUUAUUAUGAGAAGUGUUAUUUUCUCUUAUACAGUUAUCCCAAUGCUUAGGAAACUGCUUUCUUUUCUGUCACGAAUGUUGGAGUAAUACGUUUGAAUCAAUAUGAUUGCUAUUUUUGUAGAGUUAUCUGAACUGUAUGCAGCUUUUCGUACAUGGUUAUCUGAACUUGGUGAAAAAUGUUUUUUCCAUGUGUGACUGUCUCUCCGUUAUUUAUCUACUUGCUCACUCUUCUCUUUCUUACAGUCUCCUACUGGCUGGAAGGUUUCACUCUAGUUGCGUGUGUACACUUCAGUUGCACUUUUUCCACCUUUUUAGGAUUUGUUGACGACCCUUCUGACUCUCGUGUUUGGCGAGCUGUUUAGCAUGAAUAAAGUGUAACAAAUUUAUUAUUUCACUGUUUUAUUCUUUCUUUCUCUUCUUUCAUUCCAUGCUUCUUCCCCUAGCAUUGCAUGAUUAUCGAAUUUCAACUAAUCUACUUGUCUGGGUUGGCGGACUUAAGCUCAGGUUUGUGAGGGUAAAGGAUGAGAAAGCAGUGUGUUUUAUUUGCAUCGGUCCAACUCAUGCGAAUUGAUAAGUCAGAACCAUAUAUUUCACGAUUCUUUUUUUUUUUUUAACUCAAUGAAAAAGCUUUUAAACGUCCCUAAUAAUUUUGAAGGGCUUUUCUAUUUGAUUUUCCACUAUCAGUGGUAUAGCGGAAUGAGUAAAGAGUUGAUGAAGAAAAUGAGGACAAAGAAGGAACAGUAGCUCAUCAAUGGUCAUCGCUUUCACUCCACUGUCUGCUAUGAAUGAUGGCAUGCGUUUGGCAUUUUUCCACUAUACCUGACCGCUUUACUUCUGACACUGGUCACACAUUCGUCCGUCUACACCUGUUCCAUCAAGUCGUUCUCUACUUGUCACUGCGACCAUCUUUCUAUGAAAUAAGGAUGGGGGGAGGAUUUCCUAAGGAGAUAAAUGGGAAUUCUAUUCUUUAACCCCAUUUCAGUAGGUUGAUUUUUUAUCUACUUUUUCUAAUUAAUAUCUGGAUCUCAGCAAAUUGUGCACUAAAGCAUUAUUCACAUGCAAGUCAAUUUAUUUGGAUGUUUCUAGUAGCUUUUGAAGGCAUUUUAGUAAUUCCAAUGUGGGGAUUAACGGACUUACAUUUCUGACUUUGAUUGUGUACCCAUGUUCUAACGUAGAAAAAACCAUAAUCGCUGAUGGACUUGAAGGUGAUGGGAGUAAUCCAACAGAAUAACGGUUCUGUUUUCAUAAUUGUGCUUGAAAGUUUGAGGGUUGCGUCAAAACUUCGUAAAUUAGAUGCAAUGCAUUGGAAAAAGAAUAUAAUGUGCACAAAUAAAAUAAUGGAACAAUUUGGUGAAAACUAUGGGUCUUCAUCCAAGCCUAUUUCGUCUAAACAGUUGAAAAAAAACAAAACGCAUAGCUUGUUCCUAAUAUCGUUUUCCCACUUUGACUAGGGUUCUUUUAAACUCCUCUUAUAAUGCUUUGGAAUAAGCACAUCUUUGAACUGAAAAAAAGGGGGUCGUCUGACUUGCUGUCGCACAUAUAUGUUAUUGUGAAAUACUUAGUAAUGUUUGCAAUUGAUGUCUCCUUAUCUCGCUCCCUCGUUUCGUUGAAGCUGAUCUCUUCUGUAACUCCGGCACAGUUAGACUGCUCAUCAUCAUUUUUCUUUCAUUUUGUGUAGCCUUUCAUUUGUUUUUUUACUAACUGUAGGUGAUGCCACUGAUUUCUUGCUUUGUUCUGAAGUAUUUACUUUUGUUGUCUAUUUCUGUAUAGCCAUAGCUCUUUCUGACGACCACAAACCAAACAGAAGUGAUGAGCGCAAGAGAAUUGAAGAUGCUGGUGGAGUUGUCAUGUGGGCUGGUAACUCACCAUUCGUCCUUCAAUCUUCUGGAAUUGUGAGAGUACGCUUGAAACGCUGCUACAGUAAGAAUGAGGCAAUGUGGGAACAGGAGAUCAUGGGAUUCUCUUGUCCUGGUUGGAUUUACAGUAUUCAGCUUAUGCGAUUGAUUGAGAAUAGAAAAAGACGUAGAAGUUUAAUAAUAGCAAAUGAUAACGAAUGAAUGAAUCAAAAAAACUUUUCAAAUGUGCAAGGAAAAAUUUCUGACUUGGGGAGGAGGGGGGGGGGUUUAUUUUAAAUUCGGAGAAAUUUUAAUUUAUCCAAGUUAAUGUUUCUUUAGUUCGAUAUUUCUCGCAGGGAAGAAAUUAUUUCAGUUUACAUUUCAUUUUUUUAGGUACAUGGAGGGUGGGCGGUGUGUUGGCUAUGUCACGUGCAUUUGGAAACCGCUUACUGAAACAAUUCGUCGUGGCAGAGCCCGAGAUACAGGUUCUUUAUUGAUCUUUAGGCUUUUGGGCCCUUUUCAUUCGGUUACAGUUAGCAAUAGGGCAUGCCUGUUUCAAGAAAUCGAGCAGCUUCGUUUUCUUUCUGGCGCUUGCAGCUUUAAUAGAUGCAAACCUUAGCUACACUGUUUUCUCUGGUGAUAACUGCUCACUAGCUUUUUUUUAUGUAGCGCUGUUUAAUUAGGAUAAACAAUGUUUGACCGUAUGUGAAAUGGCCUUGUCUUUGAUAUAAAUAUCAACGAUUUAAACAUAUUCUUAGUUGCUCGAAUGGCCAUAUUUCAGAAGACAGAUGUUAUACACCAUAUCUUUCAUGCCUCUGUACCGGAUGGCUCAUUUUCUGUGCGUCGAGUGUGCGAAAUGGCGUAUGCCGUGGGUUGAAAGUAUCCUGAUAUGAUUCCUGGUGACCGAGUAUUAGAACAUUCAGUCGUACGCAGGGUUGUCUGAGUCAGAUUGUGAGGUUCUUCGUAGCCAUCAUCCGUAAAGUUCUACAGAGGGCCCUGGCUCGUGAUCAUAGUCUUUGAUUUUUGGAAUGUGGGGGUGUGUUCCGCAUUGCUCUAAUCACCUUCGUAUGAACUAUGGAGACGUUGUGCAUUGAGCUUCUGAGAACAUACUGGAACUGAACAUGAGCCUUAUGACCACUUGCCACUCCUCCCCCACUUUUGGGGGGAGAAAACUGCAAAUCUCGCGGUAAACGUCGACAUUUGUAGAAAAAAAACGGUAGCACAUGCACAUGAAGAGCUGAUGUUAUGGUUAACGGUGCAUCAGGUUUCACAUGGUCCCUAAUUUUUUAGAUGAGCAUAAUUCUUGAGCUUCAAACUCACUAGCUUCAUGUUUAUGCCCAUUUCCCUUCCAUUUUGUUGUAUUUAUGUUUUCCGCGGCAUCUGUGGUUCCUUUCAGCAAAACUUAUCGAACUUUGUUGAUAGCUCUAACCAUUCUUCUCCUUCUUUUUUUGUCAACAUAGAUCACUCUCUAUCUCUGUAAUUUCUUUUCUCUUUCUCUCUCUUUCCCUCUCUUAUGCAGUCGUUCACUCUUCUAGUUUUGAAGAGCGACAGAGUGCUUGUGAUUAAGCAAAAAAAGUGUGUGAGAUAGAUAGAUAGAUAGAGAGAGAGAGAGAGCAAGAAUAUCAUAGAGAAGGGUUUUUGUUGAAAAAAAAAAGAGUGAUAGGGAAGGUUAAAAAAUACGAACCAAUCGAGCUCCUGUCGAGGGUUUCUCUCUGAACCAGGGCUGGGCGUUCAGCCUCUCUUUUGGUGCCAUAAAGAGAGGGAUCUGUUGCUUCUCUCACUCGUGGAAAGCCAAUCAAGAUUGAUUGAAUGAUGCUCGCAGAUAAGGUUGAUGAUGAUGAUGAUGACGACGACGGCUUUUUAAUGGUUUUCUCCUCUGUUUUUUGCCGUAUUUGCUUGCUUGCGUCCGAAUACCAGCAAGAGUUUUCAAAUUCCUUCCGACACCGAGGAAAAGGAAUGUUUAGCCAUAUCAUAUAACCUGUUUCUGGAACGGGAUGAAUGACGUGAAGCUUUUACUCUCAGGAGCUGGAGAUUAUUGAUGACCUGGAGUUCCUGGUUCUCGCUAGCGACGGGUUGUGGGACGUGGUGCCCAAUGAGGUCAGUGCUCUUGUUGUAGACCCAGCCUGUCUGUCAGCUAGAGAGAGAGAGAGAGAUGGGUUAUUAUUUAUUUAUUAUGGGAGAUGGGCUCCGGGGUUUUUGUAACGGCGUCUCGACGUGACGUGGGUUUGUCCUCCUUUGGGUUUGUCUCAGGACGCCGUUUCCGUUGCGAGGGAGGAGGAGGAUCCAGAGGCAGCGGCCAGGCGACUCACGGAGACCGCCUUCGCCCGCGGCAGCGCCGACAACAUCACCUGCAUUGUGGUCAGAUUCUGCCAUGACGCGACUUCCGCCGAUCCGCCGCCGUCUCCCGUCGAGUAG